UGAGAAAGAAAUAUACGGAUAUCUUUUUUUUCUCGAGAGCUGCUGAGGCUAUCAGAAAACAAACUUACUCCAUCAGAAAUGCUAAAUAAAUUGUGAAGAAACAGCAACAAAUAUGGUACUGCUCAAGGAUGAAGACGCCUGAUGAUUUGGCAUGGAUGGAACUUAUCUUACCAAUUACAAAUCUUCCAUAUCACCUGCAUUUGAGGAAAGUGCUGCUGAAAGCUAUAUUAAGAAAUCAGAUGCUGUAUGUGCCUGGUAUUUUGUUUUGACUUCAACUUUCCAUGAACCACAGUAUUUCACUUUGAAGACCAUGGGACUGAGCACCGUAACACCAGCACUGGCAUUGUACAGAAAUGGGAUCAGUCAACAUGAUAAAUCAGAAUAACUGGGCAGACCUACAGGGAAAAACAAGGCCAACAGACAAACAAUUUCAGUUGAUCAUGAGAUGGCCAAUGGACAGAAAGUAAGGUCAGACCUAGUCACUGUCAUGAUGCAGGCCAAUGCUCCGAGCAAUUACUUUGAUAACAUCAAAAUAUUGCUUGUGGCAGCUGGGCAAAAAUCCAAAACUUUUUAAAAGAGAAAGACUACAAAUCUUUGUCUGAUUAGUGGCAGCUAAUUAAAUGUGCAUGUGACCUAUUUCAUGUAUAAGGUAUCCUUUACAAGAAUUAACUGAUGUAACUACAAAGGUGCCACAUCUGUAGCUACUCGGUAUCUCCUCCUGGACAAUAAUGUUACAAUCCCUGUUGAGACCCAGAUGUUUAAAAAGAAAUUCAAACCUCUAGCUAGUAGCUAAACAGAUGACAAGACUGUCACGAAAAGACAUUCUUAUAACAAACAGGCUGAAAGCACUCAACCAUCAUCCCCCAAAUCGUCCAUGGCCUCAUCACCUCAGGUGACCUCUGACCCACUGCUUCCAACCUCAUCAUUCCCCAACCCCGCACAGUCCGCUUCUGUUUCCUUCCCAAAAUCCACAAACCUGACUGCCCUGGUUGACCCAUUGUCUCAGCCUGUUCCUGCCCCACCGAAUUUAUCUCCACCUAUCUGGGCUCCAUUUUCUCCCCCUUAGUCCAGGAACUCCCUACCUACGCCUGUGAUACCACCCAUGUCCUCUACCUCCUCCAAAACUUCCAAUUCCCCGGUCCCCAACACCUCAUUUUCACCAUGGAUGUCCAGUCCCUAUACACCUGCAUUUCCAUUGCAGAUGGCCUAAAGGCCCUCCACUUCUUCCUGUCCCGCAGGCCCAACCAGUCCCCCUCUACUGACACCCUCAUCCACUUAGCCAAACUCAUCCUCGCCCUCAACAACUUCGCUUUCAAUUCCUCCCACUUCCAACAAACAAAGGGAGUGGCCAUGGAUUCCUGCAUGGACCGAAGCUAUGCCUGCCUCUUUGUAGGUUACGUGGAACAAUCCCUCUUCCAUAUCUGCACUGGCCCUAAACCCCACCUCUUCCUCCGUUACAUUGAUGACUGUAUCGGCAUCACCUCGUGCUCCCACAAGGCGCUCGAACAGUUCAUCCACUUCACCAACACCUUCCACACCAACCUUAGGUUCAUCUGGACCAUCUCUGACACCUCUCUCUCCUUCCUGGACCUCUCUGUUUCCAUCUCUGGCAACCACCUAGAAACCGAUAUCCAUUUCAAGUCCAUCACCUCCCACAGCUACCUAGAAUACACCUCCUCCCACCCAGCUUCCUGCAAAAAUGCCAUCCCCUAUUCCCAAUUCCUUUGCCUCACCGCAUCUGCUCCCAGGAUGAGGCAUUCCACUCCUGAACAUCUCAAAAAUCCUCAUUUUUCAAGAACCACAGCUUCCCCCCUGCAGUGGUCAAGAGUACCCUUGACCGUGUCUCCCGCAUGUCCCGCAACUUGUCCCUCACAUUCCCUCCCCGCAAUAACAACCAAAAGAGAAUCCCCCUCAUCCUCACGUAUCACCCCACCAGCCUCCAGAUCCAACGCAUUAUCCUCCAACACUUCCACCAUCUGCAAUCCGACCCCACCACCAAAUACACUUUUCCCUCCCCACCUUUGUCUGGUUUCCAGAAGGACUACUCUCUCCGGGACUCCCUUGUCCACUUCACACUUCCCACCAGCCCCACCAACCCAGCACUUUUCCCUGCAACUGCAGGAAUUGCUACACCUGCCCCUACUCCUCCCUCCUCACCCCCAUCCCAGGCCCCAAGAAGACUUUCACAUCAAGCAGAUGUUCACCUGCACAUCUGCCAAUGUGGUAUACUGCAUCUGCUCUACCCGUUGUGGCUUCCUCUACAUUAGGGAAACCAAGCAGAGGCUUGGGGGCCGCUUUGCAGAAAACCUACAUUCCGUCUGCACUAAACAACUGCACCUCCCAGUCACGAACCAUUUCAACUCCCCCUCCCAUUUAUGUCCAUCCUGGGCCUCCUGCAGUGCCACAAUGAUGCCACCCAAAGUUUGCAAGAACAGCACCUCAUAUUCCGCUUGGCAACACUGCAGCCCAAUGGUAUCAAUGUGGACUUCACAAGCUUGAACAUCUCCCCUCCCCUUUCCGCAUCCUAA